GGAAAUGCUAGCGACUCAGAGACAACACGAUUUGUAUCACCAAGUCACGAAGGCGAGCGGGUGGCUCAGUCUUUGGCAGAGCGAGGCUGGCUGUGCAGGCGCUAUGGCGGUGGCUGAAGCACUCAAAGUGAACACGGCUGUGACUGGGCUCGAUUUGUACCAGAAUCAGAUUGGCGAUCAAGGAGCUCAAGCGAUUGCGGAGGCACUCAAAGUGAACACGACGGUGGCUGUGCUUGACUUGCGUGAGAAUCAGAUUGGCGAUGCUGGCGCAGAGGCGUUUGCAGAGGCGCUCAAAGUGAACAAGAGCGUGGUUGAGCUCUAUCUGUGGGUGAAUCGGAUUGGGGAUGCUGGUGCGCAAGCCAUUGCUCGGGCAAUCGUCGUCAACACCACGCUGACAAAGCUUCAUCUGUACCAGAAUCAGAUUGGCGAUGCAGGUGCGCAGGCGAUCGCGGAGGCACUCAGAGUGAACACGACGGUGAAUCAGCUCGAUCUGUGGGCAAAUCAGAUUGGCGAUAUUGGCGCUCAGGCAAUCGCCGAGGCGCUCAAGGUGAACAAGACGCUGACAUCCAUUCGCUUGGAGGAUAACUUCUUGACCGAGGCGGGAAUCACUGCGCUCAGGGAAACGGGCAAUACUAGUUGUGAACUAAAUUUCAGUCUCGAGGGCUGCAUGGUGCUGCAAGAGCUUUGCUCCAAUCUCGUGACCGCCGCUAUCCAAGGAGCAACGUUUCCAGAGUGGCGCCUUCCAUCGACGCGAGCGCUGCAUCGGAGCGUGAGUCGAGCCCUGGCAUUGGUUCGCCGUCACAGCAAGAUCCGCUCGGUCUCUCAGAGGGGCCGUGUUUGUUUGUGGCCUUCCUUGUCUUAGGGAAGUUACUCCACCAACCGGACAAAAAGUUGAGACCACCUUGACUCUGGCUCUCUUCAUAUUCUUGUUCAACAGAAUUUUAAUACAUAAUGUGCAAAAA